AAAAUUAAAUCAUUUGCUAUUUUGACGUCAACUAACUUUUUUUCUUAUUUACUGUUUUGGCAAUCACGUUUCAGCCAGUGUCUAUAGCUUGGCCAGGUGCGAGAGUAUGCGUGAUGGUGUGAAAUUUUAUAAAUUCGCAUGUAAUGUAAGAUGAUUUCAACAGUUUGUAUAUUGAACUUGAAAGGUUUAGAGUCGACUUUAGGAGUGGAGUUCGGAAAAUUCUCUUAAGCCACCCCUGUACAUCGAGCUUAUUUUUAUAUAAUUAAAUUUGUGUUCUAUACUGUUUAUUUAAAUUAAUAUAAAAAAAAAAAACAACAUAAUGGUUUCGCGAAAUGUGUUUGUUUCAACAUUGCUGUGUUUGGUGCUCACAAUAGGAACACACUGUUUUCCCCCCGAUAUUGAACAGUGUAAAGCUGGAGAUACAGAGUGCAUACGUCUAUCAUCAGUUCAUCUAAUACAGAAAUUCUCAAAGGUAGGCUAUCCGGCAGCCGGUUUCCCAGUUCUCGAACCUUUUGCACUCAAUAAGUUCGAUAUCACUGAUGGCAGAUCGGGGUCUUUAAGUUUUAAAUUGCACUUCAAGGAUGUAUUAGUCGGUGGAUUGUCAAAUGUUAAUAUUGAAAAAAUGGUUGGCUUUACAGCAGAUCCAAAAACAAGCAAAUUUGAAUUAUAUGGCAGUUUUCCAAAAUUGACAUUACGCGGCAAAUACACAGCUGACGGUCGCAUAUUAAUCCUUCCAAUUCAAGGUGAUGGAGAUGCUGACAUAACUAUUAUCAAACCUAAAUUAUCGGUUAAAUUUAAGCCAAGCUUGAAGGCUCAAGGUGACAAGACUUACUUGGGCAUUGAUAAAUUGAAAAUUCUUCUUGAACCACAAUCAGUUCAAAUAAAACUUACAAAUUUAUUCCAUGGUGACAAAACAUUGGGAGAUAAUUUGAAUACAUUCUUGAAUGAAAAUUGGAGUGACGUUUGGACUGAAUUACAGCCAUCGAUUCAUGUGGCUAUAUCUGAAAUUGUUCGAAGUGUUGCGGUGAAUGUUUUCGCCAAAUUCCCCUACGAAGAUUUGUAUCUUAAGUAAUUAAGUACUAAUGUCUAGUUGUUUUUGUUUGAAUCAUUUUUUUUUAUUAUUAUUUAGUUGAUUAAGUCACUUGUUUUCAUUUUGGUUAUGUUCAUUAAAAAUUAUGUAUUCAUCUUAGAAUAAAUUAUA